AUGAUAAUAUAUUUUAUCUCUUAUCUCAUUAUAAUAAAUGGCCAAUGUAUUGAGAACGCUUAGCUUUAAAUUCCUAAUUCAGUAGAGAAACAAAAACCAGAAUCAGAAAUUGUAAUAAGAUUGGAAGGAGAAUAUAUAAUAGGUUACGGAGAGGAUUUCAAAAUAAAUGAUAAAUCAAAGAUACAAAUACUUUAAUCCUCAUUUAUGUAUGGGCCUUCAAAUUUCGAGAUUUAUUGUCCAGCUAUUCAUAUUAUACCAGAUGAAGAAGAGGCAAAAUGUGAAAUCAUUGUAAAUAUGUAUCAAAUGAAUACAACAGAAAUUGAUAACAUAACAUUUGUUUAACUUGUAAUACCUGUUGAAACUAAUAAUAAUAUAAGAGAAAAUCCUACUCUUUAAAUAUAAAAUAAUUUCUAAUUAAGAUUAGUAGAUUUAGCAGAAUAAUUGAAAGAUGUUGAUUAUUUUGUAUAAUAUGAGAAUUGUGGUAAAAAGAUAUAUAUUUUAUCUGAUUCUUUACCAAUAACAGCAGAAUAAAUAACCAUAUUAUAAAAUUAUUCUAAAUCAUUAGAACCUCCAGUUCCUAUUGAAACAAUUGUUCCAUUAUUAAAAGGAUUAAUAAAGGUAGAAAAUUAUACUGUUGACAAAAGAUCAACUAUACAUUUAUUUGCAUUAUUUGCAAUUAUUUGUGGAGUUAUUUUAUUAGCUUGUAUAAGAGCUUUUAAGAAAAGAGUUGAAGAAACUUCUCCUUAAAAUGAUUAAUUGCUGAAUUAAUAAGAGUUGAAAGUUUUAAAAUGA